UCGGCUUUCUCCCCUCUCCUCCGGGGCCUCCCUGCAGCCCGGCCCCGCCGCCAGGGCAGCGCCCCCGGCGCUCCGGGAGGCUCCGUGGCCCGGCCAGCCCGAGGUGACAUCGCGGGGACGCGGCGGGCUCGGGGCGCGCUGCGCCCGGCGGGGCCGUUCCCCGAGCCCGCCGCUUUCCCGGGGCUUUCCCGCCGCUUUCCGCGUUGUCCCGCGGCCCCAGGAGGGUGGAGGAGACGCUUUGCCAUAGCCUGGCAACAGAGUGCGUGUGGUAACCGCGGGCUGAGCGGGGAUCCGCCGCCCAGGGCACGGCAGCGCCGGGGACGGGCUCGGCUCCGGCCGCUCCUUCCCCGCCGGGCUUGGCUCCGGCCGCUCCUUCCCCGCGAUUUCUGCCGGGGACAGGGAGAGCAGCCGGGGAAUGGCAGGAGAAGUUGGUCCUUAGGAGCCUUGAGUCCUGCCUGCACGCCAUGCUGCUCGCUCCAGAGGAGAGAACCUGGCUGCUGAUGCCAAGGACGUGGUCCAAGAGCCACCCCUGGGCAGUGCCAGCCACAGAGGGGAUGUGUUUGCCUGGCACAGGUGCAUUCCCAGUCUCAUAGAGUUGUGAAGGUGCCCCACCAACACCUACAAUGUGAAACCUGUGGAGAAUUCCUAUUACUGUGCAGUGAAUAGCAGGAGGCAAACCAUGGACACCCAGUUGUUCUCCCCAUUCCUGGGAGCAGUCCCCAGUCCCCCCACACCCCCAGAGCCCUCCCAGCUGUGCAGGGACUGGCUGGGAUGUGCUGAGGAUUUUGGAUCCCAAACAGCCUUCCAGGAGUGCCCAAAAACAAGGACACCAAUAAAUCUUUCUUACUCUGGCAAUGGCCCUGAUGUGUUUGGGUUGGUGUCGAGCAUUUUAGAGGAGCCAAACAAGCCAGAGCCAGUGACAGAUUGGAAUUCUCUGUCAAGAUUGUUCCCCCCUAUGUGGGCACCUGAUCUGGGCAGCAACGGGGAGUUCCCAGGGCUGCCAGCUCAGCACUGGCUCCACACCAAGGAUUUUCCCAACCUGCUGGGCUCCAGCUGCCAUCAGGAACCCCUGCAGGAGCCACCUGAGGUGGAGAUGCUGCACAGAGGUUUGGGGGACCUUCAGCUCCUGGAGUCUUGGCUGUCUCCCCGUGCUCAUCCCGGCAAUGCCCCGAGGAACCCUGACCAUUCCUCCUUGCAGAACAGCACCACAGCUCCCCAGGAAGGGGUUUCCUUCCCAAGUGGGGGCUGGAACCAGCAUUUGUGCACUUAUGACCAGGAGAGGUUCAAUGGAGGUUAUGAAAAAUGUGGGUCCAGUUUUAGCCCUUUUUCUCCUCGGAACAGGAUGAAAGAAAGCUCCAGUGCCCAGAAGGAGUUUUGGAAAAGAGGAAAAGCUCUGAAAAAUUAUGCUCAUGGACAAACUAAAUAUUCCCCUGAUCUUUCCAAUCAGCCUGGUGAUAACUCUUGGGAUAAAAUACCCCAGGACAGCCACCUGUUCUCUAAGAGAUAUGAGAACUUCCCAGCUGCUCACAAACUGCAGUCACCUGUCCAUCCAUCCCUCCAUUUUUUCAAUCCACCCCCUAAGGAAAAUACAUUUUCUGGAGGAACAGGCAGAAAACCCCAGGAAAGCCAUGUGCAAAAUGGCCAUUGUGGCUUUACUUUGGGGGAUGCUUUUAAUAAUAAUAAUAAUAAUGAGUGUAAAGUGAAUAUGGGCCCUAAGGAAAGCUCUCCUCAAGCAGCUGAAUGUGAUUUAUCUGUGAAAAACGCUGUGCAAAAUGGGAGUUACUCCUCAUACCAGGGGUGUGCAUGGCUGGAUGGGAACAGUCUGGCAGUUGCUGCAUCUGAAAUUCCAUAUGGAAAACAAAUGGCAACGAGCCCCCAGUCCUCAUCAGGAGUUUCCACCAUGUCUGGGGGCUCUCCCACCCACCAGCCUUUCACACAGCCCUCCUUCUACUCCCAGCUCCUUCCCGCCCUCCCUCCCAGGAAAGAUGGGAGGUUACAGACAUCAAAUGGAGUUUCCAGUCACUUGGGGGUUCCUCAUUUCAUCUCAGAGAGCCAGAAGCAGAUGAGACCUGUUGGGAGGUCCCAGGAGAAUGCCGGGGUGAGCAAGGACGGACGGCGCCGCAAAUUCCCUGUUCAAUUUCCACCUGACUGCCUCGUGCAGCAGAAGGCUGCAGGUGAAGACCCUGCCGAGAAAUACCACAGGUUCCCAAAGGGGCAGAGCCAGGAAAGUGGCAGUAAAGAUGACAGAAGAGGUAGAAGGAAUUGGAUCCCUCAUUUGGGAUCUACGGCCCCAAACCGCCAGCCCUUCAACGCGUUUCCGAAGAAGCACGAGCAGAGCGGUGGCAGCUUGUCAGAUGUCAUCAAUCCUUCUCUGCUUCCUUCCUUCCCAUUCAUGUCUGAUUUUAAACAAAAUCCCAGCUUCCCUCCAUUUAAUCACCAACUGUUUCCAUCAGCAAACACUUUCAAUUUCCCUCCGCCGCCGUUCCCAUUCUCGGACCUCGUUGAUCUUUUUCACUACGAGGACUUCAACCCCUUGAGUCCCUUCAUGGGUGAGCUGUUCCCUGGGGAAAUCCCUGCCCCCUGCUUUGCCUUCCCAGCCCCAUUUAACAAGUUCAGACCUCCCAGGAGCCGCAGUGGCCCCGCUAACGAGCUCCACGUCCGCCUGGAGGAGUGUUACGAGCAGUGGAGAGCUUUGGAGAAGGAGAGGAAGAAGGCUGAGGCUGACCUUGCAAGGCACUUCCCAGGGCAGCCCAUCCCCAGCCCCAGCCCCGUACCACGGCUCCCUGUGAAUCCAUCCCGCGUGGAUCGCCUGCUCGCCGACCAGGCCCGCCAGCGCGCCCGGGUGCUCGCAUUGAUAGGAAGAAUGGAGAGGCUUUGUGGUGCUCCCCUGCACAGGAACAUCUCCAGGACCUUGGAGCUGCACCUGGAAGCCAUUCAGGUGACCCAGGCACGUCGGAAGGAUGAGAUUGGGAAUGCUGCAAACCCCCAGAGUCAUGGGGGGCCACGCUACAGCAACGAGAAAGAUGUGCUGGCCCUGGCAGCUGCCCUGCGAGCCCUGGCUGGAGCCACGCGCAGGGCUCGCACCGCGCUCUGGUGCGCGCUGCAGCUGACUCUGCCCAAAUCCCCUCCUGCUGGACCUGAAAACCAACAACUUCUCCUGCAAGAGCUUCGUUCUUCAAGCACAAGCAGCCAGGAAAAAAGCAGCCUGGAGCAGGAAAGCAGAGGAAGUGAAAAAUCUGAGGAAGCCAGGAAGAUUUUGGAAUAAUCGGCGAUAAUAAACGGAAAGCCGCGGAUGGGGAGGGAAGGGCUCAGGUCCUGCCCAGCACCACCAGAGUGGAUUUCAUUGGAUGUCAGGAAGGGGUUAAUUAAAAAAAAGGGUUAAUUAAGGUGCCUGGUCAGUGCUGCAGUUGUGGUACUGUGAUUCUGGUGUGGAGAGACACAGCUUGUGGGAGUGUUGAUGCAGGUUAACAUUGCAGGUGUCUGCUGCUGGGAAUUGUAAUGUUCAGAGGAGCUGAACAAGAGCUGAGCUUUCCUCCUGUGCUUACCCAAAGCUCUGAGCCAGCCAGGACCUGAGCAACCAGAGUCUGGUAGAACUUAAUUCUUUUUUUUUUUUUUUUUCCUUAAUGAGACAAUUUAGGGUAUAUAAAGGUACUCAGUAGUCAUUCAGGGUUUCUUUUAUUUUCAUUUUUUGCACCAUGUGUAGUUCUUUCCAGAGCCAAAGUGAUCACUGAGUAGCUUGCACCCCAUCACUGUGCCAGGAGCAAUCCACGCUGCUGCUGUGGUGUUUUUUGGGACAGGGUCUCUCUGUUUGACAGGAAUAAUCAGUGUUCAGUGCUGGUUUUCAGAGAGUUUUGUGCUGCCAGUCCAGUUUCCAGCAAAACCAGUGUGAGCUGAGCUUUUCCAUAGAAUUGUCCACUUUGGUUUUUCCACUAAAAAAGUGGAUUUUUGUAGCUUUGCAGUGUGAACUGCAUGGAAGUGCACAUUAGCAGGUGUUAGCAAACUUGCUCAGGAUUAGAAAUUAGAUUUAUUGGUUCCUCAGUGGGGUUAAAACCAGUAACACUAUAACAUAGUAUGCACUUAUAUAUAAAAAAAUAUUAUUUGUUACUAAUAUGUGUUCUUGGUACUAUAAUUUUUUUCAGACACAUUCCAUAUUUAUUUUAAUGCCUUCAUUGAGUGUUUCUUUUAAAAAUCUAUUUUAGUAAUAUGAAGUUAAAUAUUUUGCCAAAUCUUCAGAAUAAUGAGAUUUAAUGAUUUACUCAGGAACUCUGUAUAUUAUUAUAUAAAUAUACACGUGAUGUAUAGGGGUUUUUUUGGGAAAGGGAUGUUUGCAAAAUAUUUACACAAAGCUAAUUAUGUACUAGGUUACCAAAGCUCUUUCACUGAUUAUUUUUUUGGUGUGGAAGGUUUAAUAUAUUUAAUUGCUGUUCAUUAGUCUCCAUUGUGUGGCUUAGACAAUCAGAGUGUGGUUGUUCAGGGUGAAAACUAGUAACGAAUAAUUCAUUCAAGCACUGAUCUUAGGGCAUUUAGGAAUAUUUUAAUGCUUUAACAACUGUCUCACUGUUCCACAAUCUCCUAACAUGCACUAAUAAUCAAGGUUCUUGAGUGUCAGGAGAUUAAUGAACAGAUUUGGAGAGCAGUUCUUGAGUUAAAAGUGAAUUAAGUUGGGGAUAUAAGCAACAUUUGAAGGACAAAAAUGAAGAUUUUUAUGUCAUGUGGUGUUCGGUGUCAAAUUUGACAUUUUUGUGGGUAAUUAUAGAGCUGUUCACGUAUAUAUUUGUACUUGCAAAAUUGUUCCAAAUGCAGUUGUGUGGUUCUGGAUCUGUGGAUGUUUCUAGAGCAGAUUUUGUCUCAGUUGUGCCAUCCUUAACUCUAUUGAGGCGUGGAAAUUUGUAGCUAAAAUUCACCCAGGCCUCACUGUAAUCCACUGGGUGAAGUUUAAAAGCAAAAGUAGAUAGAAAUCAGAUAAUUAGUGUAGCAAAAUUAUGGUUUUUCCCCCAAAAAAAGUGAAUUCCACUUAAAAGAUUUUUUCAAGCCUCAGCCUAAAACACAGGUACCAGAGUUAUUUUAGUGUUUUCUCUCUGUGUACAUGGGAUUUAUUUGCACAAACUAAUUUAAGAAGGUUCAAGCUGCAUUUGUGAAGCUGAUUGUACUCCACAGCUUAAAAGUGGAGUUUGCAGGAUUUCAGUUCCUGGGUGAUUUGGGGGUUUAAUUACCCAAAUUAAAAUUAAUUUGCCAUUGCUGUGCUGACAGGAAAUCAGAAUUUCAGAGUCUGGGUCUUGGAGUUUUUUCUGUUUACACAGCCAGGGUUGUUUUGUCGUGGUGAAUGUUUAGGGUAUAAUUGGUUCUUAUUGUACUACUCACGUGUUAAUUAAUGAUCUUAAUUAACUCAUAGUUAAUGUGCCUUUAACAAUCUCAUUUUUCCACAGUGUUAAAAAGCUGUGUGGUCACUUCUGGUUCCAAUUUCUGUUUAAAAAAUGCGUUUUUAAAGGGUUACACGUGACUGCAAUUAGCUCGUGUCGUUAAUUAUGUUAAUUGCACUCAGGAGCUGCUCCAAGCUGGGUUCCUGAGGGAGCUCUGGGCUCUGGAAUGUCCCCCUGGAUCAUGUGCUGGGUCAGGUGCUCCUGCUCAUGCCCUAUAAAUGCUCCUCUUUCACUUGGCCUCACUUUUCUUCACAAAAACUCCAGCUCUUCAAACAAAAAUAAGGUUUUAUUUACAAAAAUAAGGUUUUAUUUACAAAAAUAAAUAAGUUUUACUAAUUUUUUUAGUGCUCUUUUCUUUAAAGGACUUGGCCAUGGACAGCAUCAGACCUAGAAGGAGUUUGUGUCUUCAGUUCCUAAUUUCAGAAUACUCCACUUCUGUUGUUUUAUUCCAAAACCUUUUGCAUUUUAAGGGAAAAAAAACCACUUUAUUUUGUAAAAUAACACCUGGAGUUGUAGUGGCUCUGUCAGUCAGAACACAAUUUUUGCUGCCUCGUGUUUAAUUUGGCAGCAAGGUACAAAUCCUGCAAGUCUUGCACUGAGUUGUUGGUGUGAAUAAGCACAAGUAGAAUGCUUGUGGGUUUAGGGGGAGUAAUUGUAUUCACAUUUUAUUGGCUUCAGGGGAAGCAGAAUUGAGGAUUUGGAUCACAUUUAGGCCAAAGAGGUGGUUUUGGCUUGGAGUUAGUUUUGAUUUUUAGAGAGAAGAAAAAAAAAAUGCCCCUUUCCCUCCUCAUUUUGAGAAGCUAUCAGGUAAAAUUCAGUUUAUUCCCCUUUUUUCUACCUCCACCCUUGCAAUCAGCUUUCAUGAGAUUUGAUUAUUUGGGGUUUUUUGCCUGUUUUGAAAUACUUUUAAAAUUUUGGGGGUGAGCUGAAGCAGGUGGCAGAGCUGUAGCCAGUCCUGGUGGCAGGGACACUGGACUGCUCCUCUUGAAAUAAAAACACUCAGUUGUCCCUUUUUGAGUCAGGAUUAUUACCAGGGUGCUUUUUGAUAGCUGCUAAUGAAUCUGUAAUGCUUUAAAAUCCCAAAUUGCUUGUCCAGUACAGCACAGAAUUCAGAAUUACAAUUAUUUCUGUAUUCUCUGUAAAUAACUGAAGGGGUUUGGUGAUUCACCAUUAUUAAUUCUCAGAAGGGAGGUCAGCAGCAGGGAACAACUCUUAAUUAUUUCUUUUUUACUUUAUUUUUUAACUCUUUAUUAUUUUUUUUCUGGUUAUAGGUUCUGUACCUCUGUUUUUCUGUCCCCACAGGGUCCCUCUGGCAGUGAAGUUGCUGUGAUGCUAUUUAUAUAAACUAAAACUCAGAAAUUGGGAAUUAUUUGUUAUUUCCAUUAGAGCAGCAUGCAGGGAGGUUAUUUGAGUUCAUGCUGCUUGUCCUGCUGUGGCCUUUUCAGGAGUGGGUGACUUUAAUUCCCAAACUGCUGCUAUUGCAUUUUUAUCCUUUUUAAACUGAAUAUUUUUCUUUGCUGCUGGAAUUUACCACCAGCACCAACAUUUUUGUCUGUCCCUGGGUAUGUGAAAUUUGAGAGUGGUUUGCCUUAGUCAGAACUGCUGCUCUAGUUCAUGCAAAGUCUCUUAUGGUUAUUUCUUUUGAAGGAAAUCCAUGUUUGAAGGUGGGGAUUUGGUGAGUGAGAGGUUUGGUGAGGGAUUUCUUUUUGCUGAGAGGAGUCCAGGUUUUUGCACUUUUCCAGAGCCCAACUUCCUGGCAUUGUCUUUGACCUACAGCCCUUUUUUUGGGGAUAAAAAGGAGGAAAAGGGAGCUUCAAGAAGGAAGGAGCUCAAAUUCUACUGGAGAAUUCUCUUCUUUUCCCUUCCAUGGUCAGGGAGGGCUUGAGGGACCAGGAAUCUUGGCUUGAAUCAAGAUUCUUUUCCCCUCUGGAUGCUGGCAAGGUGCAGAUUUUGGGCAGAGUUGGUUUCUUCCUGCCCUGCCCUGGUGGCCAACCUUCCUGCCAGGUGUGUUUUUAUUAAAUUGAGGGGCCAGGACAGGGCUUGGGGACAGCUGGCCCAGCCCAGGGCUCGAGGUUGUCCCUCUGGGAUCAGGAUCAGCUCCUCUCCUGGCUGCUGGCAGGAUUUAAUUGAUUUAUUAUUCCCUGUGCAGUUUAUCCAUUUAUUUUCUAGACCUGGGAGGUGACAAAGAGCGAGGAGAAGUGAGCACAGGAUGGGUUUGGUUGUGGCUCAUGUCUGUUCUUCCCCCAGGGGCAGAAUCCACCUUGGCUCUGUGGGAUCUUUACUGAGUCACCAUUAAGUCUUAGCUCUGAUUCUGCAGGAAGUUGGAUUUUGGUUUUCUUGAAAUACUGUAAAAAUUAUGCAACAAACAGACCUUAAGCCUGUAUGUUUAUUUUUAAAAAAUUCUAUUUUUGCCUGCUCUGGAAGCUGGGUAUUGGAAUUUUCUUCUUUUUUUUUGUCCCAUUCUUUGUUUGUGAGCUGCAUUUUUCACAAAUGCUGCGAGGUGGCACAGCCCAAAGCAGUGGGGUUUGGGGGUUUUAUUCUUUGUAUCUGCAUUUCUGUGGCAGAGUAUGUGCUCUUAGCUGCAAAACUCAAUGUUGAAAUCUUUAUGGCCACAGUCUGCUACAGAUUUAUUCAUUUAUUUUUCCUAAUGGAGUCGUUGAAGUGGAAAAACUUUGAAUUAUUGAUUAUUUAGUGUUUGUAGAUUGAACAGGAGCAGGGGGCACUUCCCAUCAGUCAAUAUGAGGGCAGUUGACUGUGGAAUAUAUAUUUGAAUUAUUAUUUUUGAAUGAUUGGGCUGCUGAAGAGCUGAGUGUGGCCCUGCUUCCAUUGAAGCCCCAGCUUUUAAGAGAUUUCUGUCUUGAUUUGGGUUUGUUGCUUUGCCUUGACUUCAGGAGCUCAUUAAACACAAGCUCAGUGGCUCACCUUGAACUUCUGUCAAGAAACUCUGGAGGGAUGAGCUCCCAGCCUCUUUUAGAAGGAUUCUUGGAAUUAGCCUGGAUAAUUUUGCUUUCUCUCAAAGCUGAGGAAUGUACCUGCUGCAGGAAUUGGGGGUUUUCUGGGAAUUUUUGCACUUUGUUUUCUCCUGUUCUGCUUUGAGGGAAAUAGAGCCUUAACCAUGCUGAGACCUUGAUUUAUUAUUUCCUGUGCAGUUUAUCCAUGGCAGUCACCAGCACUUUUUGGGUUUUGGGGUUUUUUUUUUUUUUGGUUUGUAGCACUUGAGAUGUCUGAUUUUUUUUUUUAAUCAAUUAUUUUUUUGGUAGAGAACUGCUUUGUAAUUUUCUAAAAUAAAAUUAUAACUUUGCCAAGCAAAUUUAUCAGUGCUAUAGAAUGGAAGGUCCUUACUUUACUUCAUUAGCAAUACUGUAAUCAAAGGUGCAAAAUAAUUGUUUAAUGUACUUGUCUGUGCUGUUAGAGAUGGAAAAUAAUUGGGUUAGGAGCAACUUCUAAACAAAUUGAGGAACUAGAGUCAUAAAUCCUCUUUGCUUGUUGCCAAAUGAGCUUUAAAAAGGAAAAUAUUUGCUUAUAGUGUAUCUUAAAAAAGCACUGGUUAGAGAGAGAAUAAAUCAGAGUAAAAAUCAUUGCCAGACAAAGAUUGCUUUGUUUUUUACUGACUAAAACAAAAUUUCUUUAUGCACAAUAGUUACUUAAUGAGCAUAGUUUUUUCAGAGAAUUAGGCUGUUUCCAAUAUAUGGAUGGGAAAAAUAAGUUUCCUUUUAUUUUUUAUGACAGAUAUACAAAGAUGAACAGUGUCUAUAUUUUAAUAUUACUGUUUGGUGUCUGAAGUGUGUCACUCGCCUGUGUGUUGGUCAAACUCAUUUCCUUAAAAUGCCCCAUUUUACACUGCUAGUGAAAUAUUACUGAAGGAGAUUUUGGUUGGGCCCGACAGAAAUAUGUGAAAUUAUAACUUAGCUGAAAAAACUUGUUAAUUAUGCAAGAUUUUCAUCAUUAAUCAAUUUAGGCUUAUUUGAGUGUUUCUGUAAAACAACUGUGGAUGUUUGAACACUGCAAAAAUCUUACUUCUACCUCUUGUGUAACAUCCUUAAAACUCCCCUUCACAGAUGUGCUCUGAUGCCACAGGGUGUUGUGCACCUUAACUUGAGAAUUUCAUCUGCUUUUCCUUUUAUUUUAUUUAUUUUGGUUUUUUUUAUUGUGGAACACCAGGAUGCCUUGCUAUGUCCACCUGUGCUGAACUGAUGGGGUUUGUGUCACAUGUGUGAGUCUUCAGAAACAGGAGAAUUCUGUAAUAAGUCAUGGCCAGUGUAAUUUUCUGGUAUUUUCUAUGUAUGUGGUUGGAUUCCUUUUAUUUAAACAAUCACCUGUAUUGUGUGGAUGUCCCUAAUAAAUGGUGACAGCUUGUUUAGAUCUACUCACACUGGUUCUCCUGCUGAAUUUCAGUUUGGUAAUUCUGCCUUGAAUUGACCUGUUCUGUGUUCAUGACAGAAAUUAAAACCUUUUGUGUUUUUUGUCACUGGUUUUAUUGCCUUAA